AGUGGCGGCAGACGGGUUCUGAUCCUGCUGAGAGUGUGGCUAAAGAGUCGCCUGGUGAGCCCUGAGUCACUCCGUCGUCGCCGCCGCCACACCACUCCCGUCUCCUGUCCUCCAGAGCCUCCAGACACCGCCACCAUGACGGCAGAAUCCGUACUGUCCAUCCAGGGCAAGCGCACCUCAGGCACCUCCGUCAGGACGGAGAAUGUUAUUGCUGCAUGUUCAGUUGCCAACAUUGUCAAGAGCUCUCUUGGCCCAGUGGGACUUGACAAAAUGAUAGUUGACGAUGUUGGUGAUGUGACAGUAACCAAUGAUGGAGCCACCAUCUUGAAACUGCUAGAGGUGGAACACCCAGCUGCACGUGUAUUGGUGGAGUUGGCACAGCUGCAGGAUGAAGAGGUUGGUGAUGGCACAACCAGUGUAGUGAUCAUUGCUGCAGAGUUGCUCAAGUCUGCUGAUGAUCUGGUGAAGCAGAGAAUUCAUCCCACCUCCAUUAUUGCUGGCUAUAAGCUGGCUUGCAAAGAAGCAUGUCGAUACAUUCAAAAUAACCUCACCAUUAACACGGAUGACAUUGGCCGAGAAUGCAUCGUUGCUGCUGCUCGGACAUCCAUGUCGUCUAAGGUGAUCUCCAUCGAUAGUGAUUUCUUUGCAAAUAUGGUGGUGGAUGCUGCCAUGGCAGUGAAAACCUCUGAUGGCAAAGGUGGAUUUAAGUAUCCAAUCAAAGCUGUCAAUAUUUUAAAAGCCCAUGGACGUUCAGCAACAGAGUCCGUCAUUGUCAAUGGUUAUGCACUAAAUUGCACAGUAGCAUCACAUGCUAUGGCAAAGAAGAUCGUAAAUGCCAAGAUUGUUUGUCUGGAUUUCUCUCUGAACAAGGAAAAAAUGAAGCUUGGUAUCCAGGUAUUAGUGAAUGAUCCAUCAAAGCUAGAGGCCAUCAGGCAGCGCGAGUCCGACAUUACUAAGGAACGCAUUGAAAAAAUCUUGAAGACAGGAGCCAAUGUAAUCCUUACCACAGGUGGUAUUGAUGAUCUUUGCUUAAAAUACUUCGUAGAGGCUGGUGCUAUGGCUGUCAGACGUUGCAAGAAGGCUGAUCUUAAGAGAAUAGCGAAGGCAACCGGCGCAACUUUCCUUACUACUAUGUGCAAUUUGGAAGGUGAAGAAUCUUUUGAGGCCAGCUACAUUGGAGAAGCUGCAGAAGUAUCUCAGGAACGCAUUUGUGAUGAUGAACUCAUACUAAUUAAAGGGCCAGUUGUCCGCUCUGCAAGUUCACUUAUUCUGCGAGGUCCUAAUGACUUCUAUUGUGACGAGAUGGAGAGGUCGGUCCAUGAUGCACUGUGUGUGGUGAAGAGAGUGCUGGAGAGCAAUGCUAUUGUGUGUGGAGGAGGAGCUGUGGAGGCUGCACUUUCUGUGUAUCUUGAGAGUUUUGCCACAAGCCUGAGCUCAAGAGAACAGCUAGCUAUUGGUGCAUUUGCACAAUCUCUGUUGGUUAUUCCCAACACCCUUGCUGUGAAUGCUGCCAAGGAUGCCACCGACCUAGUACCCAAACUACGUGCCUACCAUCACUCGUCACAAGUCAAAACAGAACAUUCACAGCUAAAACAUUAUGGCCUGGAUCUAUUAGAAGGUCAGGUGCGUGACAACAGAAAGGCGGGUGUAUUUGAACCUGCAAUGAGCAAGUUAAAACAAUUGAAGUUUGCUACUGAAGCAGCUAUCACAAUUCUCCGUAUUGAUGACAUGAUCAAGCUGGAGCAGGAGCCAAGUAAGGAGAGUGGCUACCAGCAAGCACUUCAGUCAGGCCAGCUUGGUUAAGGCAAGACAAAACAAAAAACUCGCCUGGUUAAGUGUGUUGUGGCACCUCAGGGUAGCAGGAAUAUCUUCCGAGAACAAAGAAAACUGUGAAGAUGGAAAUAAUGCUUACAUAAUUAAGCUCGGACUUCUUGUAUGGACCAGUUCCCAUUAACUUUUGCACAAUAACAAGUGGACAGGUGGCAGAGCUGUAAGUCUAACACCUCUGGAAUGUAGCCAGUGAUGCACUAUAGGCAGAAAUUGCUGCUCGUUAGCAUCUUUUGUUAAUUGAUUUUUUCCAAUAAAUUAUUGGCUUUUAUCAGGGUAAACUGCUUCUAAUGCAAUUAACCUAAUAAGUUGUGGUUGACCACUUUCAGACAAGUGAUCCGUUUCUGGUCAACCUGAAUUUAGGUACCUGUCAUGUUUUCUUUACAUUAAAUUAUGCCAAAAAAAUUUGUGUUAUACCUCUCCUGAUGUAUCCUAGGCUGGGCUUACUAAUAGGUUUAUAUUCCCAAUUUUUUCCACUUUAUUUCACGGGAGACAUCUCGCAUCACGCAGGGUGCAGUUGCCCCUCCACAGAUUCUCCAGUAUCAACUCUUGAUACUGGUAAUGGCUCAAUAAGGCCAUCACUUAUGGGCCGUGCCACCUUUUGGGUGGCUUAAUCUUAAUCAAUCACUUUAUCUUUAAAUAGGGUGGAGUGGUAUGAGCCUACGGUAGUAUGAGAGAAGUGUAAGGAAAGAAUAUUGCACUCUAAACACAGCCAUUAACCUACCCCCACACAGCAGUUACACCAGGGGCGUCUGGCCCCUCGGUGUUGGGGAGGGGCUACACGCCUGGUGUCCUGCCUGUGUAACGGUGAGACAUGUUAAGCUGUCCUCUCACCUCGUGUGUGUGUCAUUAUUCCUUCCCUACGUGCACCCUCGGAUAUUAGUGCCAGGGUUGUCUGUCCUCUCCUUUGGAGAGAAAGGGCAGUUUAUUACCGUUUCAUAUUACAGUACUGUAUAUGGUCACGUGUUUUCUCGUGGAUUGGAAUAUAGGCCAGAUACCCAGCUUUCCUGAGAUUACUCAGUCUCUUGGAUUUAGAGCUUCCUCAUUGGCUGAGUGUGCCAGGGCCUAUGCCUAGUUCAAAUUGAUUGGAUAUAGGCAUAGAGAGGGGCAGAGUUUUCUAGAGCAGGAGAGUGAGUGGAGCCUAUACUAAAGCACACAAGACAGAAGUGUGUUGGUGUAACCGUGAGAGGGGAGUGGGGAUGAUCAACCACGGAGCCUACAACACCUGCUGGGCCGAGGAAGCAGGUUGUACAGGUAUUUGUCCAGGGUUAACUGUACAAUUUGUAUUCCAUUACCGUGCCUCUUAAGGAUAGGAUGUCACUAGCUUAGGGAUUAAUUAAUUUUGCAUUAAAUAGUGACUUAAUUUAU